AGGCGCUUAAAUGAAGGAGAUCUCGCGUUCGCGAUCUAUAUUGCGAAUCUUAUGUGACUCCAGAGAGCGGGAACGGAAUUCGAGACUGGCUUCUACAUUCUCUCUCGUGAGAAGGUCCCUGGCCAUGAGAUCGCUCCAGUUUGUGCUGAAUUCUGGACUGCCCAGAAUUUAGAAGAGCUUGAAUGUCAGCAGGCAGGUGUGGCUAAUUUUCACGGAGGGCCUUGAAAUCUCACAAUUGGGAAGGUAUCGUGCAGCUCGACUGAAGAGACGGGAACGAGUCCAGGGUGAAAAGCCUUUGCCGAAUUGGAAUCUUCUUCUUCUUCGGUUGCUCUGUUGGGACCACGUGCAUCAGCUCCGAGAUCUGCAUGCUGCUCAUUCAUGGACUCAAAAUCCCAUUUCGAAUCGGCUGUUGUCUACGAGAUUUUCAAGAAGGUGUGGGCACGGUCUUCUGAAGGUUAAGAAAUGCACCAGACACUUUUUCAGCUAAAAGUCAAGUCUUGGAAACUCUGCGAACGUUUGCAAAUAUACCAACUGCUACUUUGGAUCGUUUUCACACACGCAGGAACAGACAUCAUACCAAAGGAAGAGACAGAGGAUACAGAAAACGUGGAGGAUGACUCUCUAGUUAUAUUAGGGGCCAAUGCAGCAGCUGGGCCAUCAAGAAAGCCUCGCUCAACUACAGCAAAUGCAAACGCGUUGAAGCUGACAUGUGAGCUGCUUAAACUCUUCGUGUCGGAAACCGUCCAACGAGCGGCGAUGGUAGCGGAAGCAGAAGGGUCAACUGAAAUCGAUGGCAGUCAUCUGGAGAGAAUCCUUCCCCAGUUGCUCCUCGACUUUUGACAGAUCUUUUCCUUAUCAUGUCCUGUGCAAUUGGACUAUGUAGAUGUACCUCAAGAUCAUUACAAACAGGACUUUAAAGAUUUCGUCAUUUACAUAAAGUGAACCGUACUGACAUCCAGAAAUCUUCGCCAGGUCGGCUGCUAUGGCUGAAAAGUGUCCCGACUCACGCUCAGCAGUACAAUACACAAAAAAACAGAAUUCUUGUUGCAACUUUUUCUCAGAAUUUUCUAUCGUUAUGGAACACGUGACCGUGGCAACCACCUUAAAUUUCCAUCUAGUCGAGUAUGAUCCCUGGAGCGAAUGAUGACAAUCCAGCAAACAGCUAGGCACUACUGCCUAGAAAAGCGAUUAACAAAUCGAAAGCAAGCUCACAGAGCCGCAGCUCAAAUUCGUUUACCAGCACACUGAAAUGCAGUGGACGGUUGAGAACGGAUGCUCCCUGCAAAAGGGAGCGCGCCGUGUAGUUCAUACUUCCCUGACUGCGCCCAGAGUUUGUCAGAUUCAUCUUGCUGAGCAAUUGCUCCAUCUGAAAGCGAAAUUAAACCAUUUCUCUCAUAGUCGGUGCAAUGUCGUACAUGUCCCGGGUCG